UCAAAACACAACAAAACGCAAUAAGCAGCGAUCGAAGGUUAACACAAAAGAGCGAAAGCUCAGGCAUUCAAACCCGAAAGCAAUACGAGACUCAUCCAGGGAGACACUGCGAAUUCGAAGACCGGAAUAAUUUAUUUUCUUGGGAAAGCCGGGAAUUCCACCGAAGCGAAGCAGAAGAAGAGCGAGGAAUCGUUGGGUGUUGGUCGGGAAAGUUGCUUCUUCUGUCCCGUGUUUCUUUUCUGUCUGAAAUUCUGGUCAAUCUUGCUGAGUUUCGUGGUUUCACCCGCUCGUGAAGUUGGCGAGAGGGUCGUGGAUGUUUCUUCCAUUGGAGGGCAUGAUUUGGUGAUUCGGAACUUGGGUUUUUGAUAUAUUGUGAUACUGAUUCAGAUGAUAUGGAGAAUUUGAGGGCUUUGCUGUAAGCCUGACAGUAGAUAUGAUCUCUAGGGUUUUGAUUUUGGGAAGAUGAGGUUUGGCUUUGCAUUGUUUUGGCUUCUGGAAUUGGGAGUCCGGGGUCAUUUGAAAAUAAGAAAAGAUUCAAUCCUGCUGACAUUCCAGUGGCCUUUUACUCAAACUUCUGCUUGAGUUCUUGCAAUCGUUUUGCAUUCGAGGAGGAACAAGUUUCAUGAUUCAGAUUUGUUUUAGUGCAGGAUAAUAAUCGCUUAGAGGGUGCAUUUGUGCACUCUCUGACUGUUCAUCUGGUUUUGUUGUGAAAACAAAAAAGAAAAAAUUCCUGGUUUUGGAUGGUAAGAGACUUUGUUUUGUGGGAAUAGUCAUGCAACGACCUCAAGACCCGAGGAUUGAUCUGGGUGAACUGAAAGGCCAGAUUGUGAAGAAGAUUGGGGUUGAAAAAUCUAGGAGGUACUUUUAUUACUUGAGCAGAUUUUUAAGUCAGAAGCUUACCAAGAGCGAGUUUGACAAGUCGUGUCACCGGCUUUUAGGGAGGGAGAAUCUCCCUCUUCACAAUCAGUUGAUCCGUUCAAUCUUGAGAAAUGCAUCUCUGGCUGAGUCCCCACCUCCAGCUCAUGCAGCGGGUCACCCUGCCAAAUCUUUGGUACAAACUGUUCAGAGUUCAAAUGAUAGGGAAGAACAGAGCGGGUCUUUAAUCCCUAACCAUAAUCAAAAUGACCCUGUUUGGUCAAAUGGGGUUUUGCGCUUGUCUCCACGAAAGGUUAGGACUGUAAUGCGUGACAGGAAGUUGAGGGACAGGCCUAGUCCACUAGGGCCAAACGGGAAGGUUGAAAAUCUGUUGAAUCAGCCGAUGUGUAGAGAUGACAAUAGUGGUGCCAUCAACAUGGAAAAUGGGGAUUUGGGCCAUUUUGACCACCAUAGAGCAAGCCGAUUCGAUGACGAAAGAGACGGUCCAUUUCUCCGUCCUGCAGAAAAACCGAGAAUACCAAGUAGAGAUCAGGUUGCAACGACAGUUACCAGAGGUGAUGAAGAGCAAGAGAAGUUGGCUCGACUAAAUCUCGCAAGAAAUCCUCUAAUUGCACCUCUGGGGCUUCCAUUUUGUUCAGCUAGUGUUGGUGGGCCCCGGAGAACAGUACCCGUUUCUAGUACCAGUCCAGAUCUCACUAGUUGCUACGACAGUGGUGGAUUAUCUGACACAGAGAUGCUGAGAAAACGAAUGGAGAAUAUUGCAGUGGCACAGGGUCUUGGUGGAGUCUCAAUGGAGUGUUCUAAUAUGUUGAAUACCAUGCUGGAUGUAUACCUGAAGAAGCUGAUAAAAUCUUGCAUCGACUUGGUUGGAGCUCGGUCUACAAAUGAAACGCCCGGGAAACAAACUUUAGAUAGACAGCAUGUUCAGAACAAGGAUGUAAAUGGAGUGUGGCAGAGUAAAAAUUCGCAUAUGCAAAAUAACCACGGGGCUUUCAACUCGACACAAGAUCAGCAUUCAGUGUCUCUGCUCGAUUUUAGAGUUGCAAUGGAGUUAAAUCCACACCAACUUGGGGAAGACUGGCCAUUGCUUCGGGAGAGAAUCUGCAUACAUUCGUUUGAGGAACAAGAAUUCGGGGUGUGAAUGAAGUGAGGAAUCUUUGUAUGUCGGUGUUGCAAAUCAUCCGAGCCAGUGUAUUCUUGGUCUGAAAAGUGAGUUCCUGAUUCACAACUUUCUGCAUCCACAAUGGACCAGAUACGGCUGCCCUUCAUACCCUGUCAGGAUGAACUUAUGAGCUCUGACCCGAAAAACACCUCUAUAUCCGGCAGCAACAGACUCAGGACAGGCUAGUCAAUUGUUUUGAACUGCAACCAAACUGAAGGGACAUGUUUGGAACAUAUCGAAUAUGUCAUCGGUUUUGCAAUGUUGUAAGAAUAGCAGUCAUUGGCCGUCCCUAAAUGUCUCAAUCUUUCUGUGUAACACUAAGCCAAUAAAGAAAUCUGAGUAAGUUUUGCAGGGAUACUGUGCAAUCAUGUAAUAGCUGCAGUAUUGCUCUGUAUGUAACCUAGUUUUAGAAUUGUUUUAGAAUUCAUAUCUUAAUAACACAUUUGACACCCACUUGACAUUUCAUGUUUUUUUUUCAUUUCAAGGAAGAGUUAUUUUCAAAGUGGUAUCUUGUCUGUUUUCGGUGACUCUCAAUCCCCAAAAGAAUUAUAGGCAACCUAUUAAUAGCUGCAGGAUACUUUGUGGGCUGUUUUCUGUUAAGUUGUUCUGGGACUUCUUCCUGCUUGUGUCUAAGGAGAAGAGCUUGUGAACGAACUUCAAUGCUGUUUUAUACAGUAAAGAUGCCAUGACAGUUGGAGGUUUCAGAACCAAAAGCUUAAAAAGUUGGAUAGGAGAUACGUAGGGAUAUGUCAAGAGGCAACAGAACUGUGUUUCUUGGCUUCUCUUAUGGAGUUCACUGCACAAAACUUGAAUGCUAAAGAAGAUUUGGCAUUCCAAAGAUCCAAAGAACUAACCUUUGUUGCUUUCAACAAUUUCCCAGUGAUUCACAUAAUAUUACAGAUCAAGGGUUGCCAGUUUGUACCCCUGAUUUUAUGCAUAUACCAGCAU